UUGAUCUUACUGAAGAUAUUUUGACCAUUUUGCAUCUUCAGUUGGCCAUCAUGAAGGCAAGAGAAAAUGCUUUGAAUCAUCUUGACCCCAGAAAAUUAACACUGUGGAAAGUUAAUAUUCCAAUUGAUGAUGAUGAUAAUAUUAAAAUGCUUAAUAAUAUGUCUCAUAAAAUUAACAUUAAACAGGAUCUCAGUGGUGUAGAACUUCUUUUAAUAGAUAACCAAGAGUAUAUUAAUAUUGCAAAUCGCAAUAUCAGUUAUCUUCCUUAG